AUGUCGCGGGGUAUCGAUCAAAUGCCCGUACUGGGAGAAGUCAAGAAGAUGAAAGUGAUCGUUGCGAGUCCUAGUCGCUCAGGUACCCUCGGUCUGUAUAAGGCGAUGCAGAUUCUAGGCUACAAGCCGUACCACAUGUACGAAUGUUGCGCCAUUGGCGGCGUUCCCCACAUGAGGACAUUCAAAGAAGGAAUCAUCGCUGAAACCAAUCGGCUUUCUGGAGGGAAGAGAUACUCGAAAGCCGAUUUCGAUAACUGGUUGGGAGAGUAUGACUGUCUAAUCGAGAUCCCGGCUUAUGCGGGAAUGGAUAUGAUCCGAGCAUAUGUCCAAGAUCCGAAUGUCAAAUUCAUCCUCACUGAGAGGUCACCUGAAAGAUGGGCAAUUUCUGUCAACAACACAGCCGCCGAAGUCGUGGCCCUCGCCGACCGUUUCCCAGUCUCGAUCCUAAAGUACUUCGACUCGUUUCUGUACCAGUUCUUUGCCCUCAAUCAGGUCAUUUAUCGUGCAAUUGCCGGCGGGACAAUGCCCGGCGAUCCGGACAAUGAAAGAAUGCUGCAGAGGUGGUAUAUCGAGUAUAUGAAAGAAGUGAAAGAUAUCAUUCCCGCCGAUCGCAUGUGUCUGAUUCAGCUCAAAGAUGGCCUCGACUGGGAAAAGAUCUGUCCGUUCCUGGGUGUGCCGAUUCCAAAGGAUGAGUACCCAGAUCGAAACGAGCCUGAAAAGUUCCAAGCCAUGGUGCAGAGCUUCGUGCAGCCAAAGCUCACAGCGGCUAUGAUCAGGUUCAGUUUGGUAGCCGUUCCAACCUUCGGAACUGCCGUCUGGGCGACAUGGAAAUAUGGCCCGUCCAUUGUGUCCGGGAUUCGAUUCGGCUCAUGGUUCUGA